GCGGGUCCCUCCCUGCUGCGGGAGACGAGGCUGAGGGAGGACGCCGCGCGCCCGCACCGGAGCCCUUCGCCUCGCCCUGCCGGUCCUCGCCCUGUGGCAGGAACAUGGAUAAUCUAAGUGAUACCUUAAAGAAACUGAAGAUAACAGCUGUGGACAGGACUGAAGAUAGUUUAGAAGGAUGCUUGGAUUGUCUGCUUCAGGCCCUGGCUCAAAAUAAUACAGAAGCAAGUGAAAAGGUUCAGGGAAGUGGGAUUCUUCAGCUGUUGGCAAGUCUGUUGACUCCACAGUCUUCCUGCACAGCCACAGUAGCUAACAUCAUAGCAGAAGUUGCCAAAAAUGAGUUUAUGCGAAUUCCAUGUGUGGAUGCUGGCUUGAUCUCUCCACUGGUGCAGCUGUUAAAUAGCAAAGACCAGGAAGUGCUGCUUCAAACUGGCAGGGCUCUAGGAAACAUAUGUUACGAUAGCCAUGAGGGCAGAAGUGCAGUUGACCAAGCAGGUGGUGCACAGAUUGUAAUUGACCAUCUAAGGUCACUGUGCAGUAUAACAGAUCCCGCCAAUGAGAAGCUCUUGACUGUCUUUUGUGGCAUGCUGAUGAACUAUAGCAAUGAGAAUGAUUCCCUUCAAGCUCAGCUUAUCAAUAUGGGUGUUAUCCCUACGUUAGUGAAGUUACUGGGCAUCCACUGCCACAAUGCAGCCCUUACUGAAAUGUGUCUUGUUGCAUUUGGUAACUUAGCAGAACUUGAAUCAAGUAAAGAACAGUUUGCUAGUACAAACAUUGCUGAGGAGCUGGUGAAACUCUUCAAGAAACAAGUAGAACAUGAUAAAAGAGAAAUGAUUUUUGAAGUUCUUGCUCCAUUGGCAGAAAAUGAUGCUAUUAAACUACAGCUAGUUGAAGCAGGCCUGGUGGAAUGUCUGCUAGAGAUUGUUCAGCAGAAGGUGGAUAGUGACAAAGAAGAUGAUGUUUCUGAGCUUAAAACGGCUUCAGAUCUAAUGGUUUUAUUACUUCUUGGAGAUGAAUCCAUGCAGAAACUCUUUGAAGGUGGAAAAGGCAAUGUGUUCCAAAGGGUGCUCUCUUGGAUUCCAUCAAAUAACCACCAGCUCCAGCUUGCUGGAGCAUUGGCAAUUGCAAAUUUUGCCAGAAAUGAUGGAAAUUGUAUUCAUAUGGUAGACAAUGGAAUUGUAGAAAAACUUACAGAUUUACUGGACAGACAUGUGGAAGAUGGAAACGUGACUGUCCAGCAUGCAGCCCUAAGUGCCCUCAGAAAUCUGGCCAUUCCAGUUGUAAAUAAAGCAAAGAUGUUAUCUGCUGGUGUCACAGAAGCAGUUUUGAAAUUCCUUAAAUCUGAAAUGCCCCCAGUUCAGUUCAAACUUCUGGGAACAUUAAGAAUGUUAAUAGAUGCACAAGCAGAAGCUGCUGAACAACUGGGAAAGAAUACUAAACUGGUGGCACGUUUGGUGGAAUGGUGUGAAGCCAAGGAUCAUGCUGGCGUGAUGGGAGAGUCAAACAGACUGCUUUCUGCCCUCAUACGACACAGUAAAUCAAAAGAUGUAAUUAAAACCAUUGUUCAGAGUGGAGGCAUCAAGCAUCUAGUUACCAUGGCAACAAGUGAACAUGUAAUAAUGCAGAAUGAAGCUCUUGUUGCUCUGGCACUAAUAGCAGCUUUAGAAUUGGGAACUGCUGAGAAAGAUCUAGAAAGUGCAAAGCUUGUGCAGAUUUUACACAGACUGCUAGCAGAUGAGAAAAGUGCCCCUGAAAUCAAAUAUAAUUCCAUGGUCUUGAUCUGUGCUCUCAUGGGAUCUGAACCUCUACACAAGGAAGUGCAGGAUCUGGCCUUUCUAGAUGUUGUAUCCAAACUUCGUAGCCAUGAGAAUAAAAGCGUUGCCCAACAGGCCUCUCUCACAGAGCAGAGACUUGCCGUGGAAAGUUGAGAACUGCCUCUGCUGACACCUGGCACCAUCCCAUCUCUGAUUCCCCUUUGUCCUCCAUCCAGCUGCUUCUCCGCUUCAUCUCGACUACGUCACCUGUGCAUGCGUAUAAUGUUCCAAUACCAAUUGAGGAACUGCUAUAGGUACCUGCCUAAUAAAAUUUCUAGACCCAUAGUUAAUGUGAACAUAACUGUCAAAACCCGUAAUUGUUCUGUAUUCCUGAUGCUCGAGCUACAUUGAAUAGAAUGUGCAUGUUGUAGUCCUAUGGUGAUGUAAACUUGGUACUACAUAAUGACUUACUCCUCACAUGCAGUAGCAUAAUAAUGUACUGGUAAAUUAGAAACAAAGAAUGCAGCAGGAUCUGUCUAGCAUAUUUAAAGAUGAAAUUGAAUAGUAAAAAUAGCUCCUUUUGUGGUACUUGGGAAAUACAAUGAGAAAAAUAAUACUGGAUGGCUGCUCAUUCAUUAGUUAUACCUCUAAUAUCAGGCCCAUGAUAUGUAGAGUUGAAUAAAUUUCAGUGCUCUCACUCUUUCCUUAUAGUUUCUCCUUUUUCCAAAGAAUACAGACUAUUGAAACUGCCAAAAACUUGACAAGAUUUCUUAAGGUUUCUGACCCCAUAUUUUAAUUGACAGACAUCAGUAGAGCUGUGUUGAAACAUGUAAUUUUCAGUGUAAUUAGAACUAAAGGGGUUAAAGAAUCCCUAUUACAAUAACAACUGGGGAUUGACUGUAUUUUAGAUUCUGGCAUAUGUGUAGUUUGACCUAGAAUCUCCACCAGUUAGCCAGUUUUGUUCAACACUUGCCUUUAAAAGUUAACAUGGCAUUUGGUUGCUACUGAGGAAAAUUAGUAUGCUCAUUGAAUGAUGAAAAAUGUCAAUUCUACAAAUAGAAAGCAAGGAGUUUCAUUUUUACUAUCCUUUACAUGUUCUACUAAUUUUAACAAGACAUAGAAGAGAUGAAGAUGUGAGCUUAUCUAUACUAAAGAACAAAAGGCAGGUUAUGAAAGCCAUAGUAGCCAGUCCAGUACAUUCUACAGAGGGCCUCAUAUCAGUCACCAUUAGUUUCCCACCUCGACUUUUCCACUGAGAUCUUCAGCAAUUCCACAGGCUGUAAGAAAGCUAGGACUCAAGAUGAGAAGGUCCCCUGGCAAAAUAUAGUGUGCUCUUCACUGCCACUACCACCACAUGGGUUUUUAGAGCUUUGACACACACCUUUGUAAAGUAAUUAGAACAUCCCAAUGACCCACCUGCCUUCUCCCCAUAACCAAGUUCAGCCACUGCUGGCCUACAAGGGAGGGUAGACUCUGUUACAGGACUUCAGGGCAGGAGGGCCUGCCAAGGAGUGGCAACCUUACCAACAUGAGAUACAUAUAUCUCUACAGGUGACAUAAUUGGGCUUCUGACUUUCAAACAGUGAAUUCAAGAAAGUGAAAGCAUUAAUGGAAAUAAGGAACUUUCUGACUGACUGUUCCCUUAAAGUCCAAAUGAGGGACUAUUGUGAAUGCUUAUGCUACACCUAUUGUAAGAAUGAUCUCAUUUAUGGUCUUUGUCCUGGGCUGGGUAGUGGACUAUAUUUUAUUAGGUUUUGAAUCUGUAAUGAUGCAUAAUAAACUAUCCAUAUUAAUGACUUAAUAAAUAAAUGGGAUAUCAAACUACAA